AUGCAGCCUGAGCGGCAGCCAAAAUGUAACCCCGGUCUCCGUCUUUCCUUCCCAGGCCUGGCGCUGCUGCUGCCCCCCACCACUCUGGCCGCCCUGGCAGACAACUGGCUCCGAGAGGACUGCCCGGGUCCCAACCACGCAGCUCUGGUCACGGGGGCGGCCCCCUCGCAGGCGGUCCUGUGGGCCAAGUCCCCCGGGGUACUGGCUGGAAGGCCCUUCUUUGAUGCCAUCUUUGCCCGAGUCAACUGCCAGGUCUCCUGGUUCCUCCCCGAAGGCUCAAAGCUGGUGCCCGUGGCCAGGGUGGCCGAGGUCCGGGGCCCCGCCCACUGCCUGCUGCUGGGGGAGCGGGUGGCCUUGAACACGCUGGCCCGCUGCAGUGGGGUGGCCAGCGCCGCCGCUGCCGCAGUGGAGGCCGCCAGGGAGGCGGGUUGGGCCGGGCACGUGGCGGGCACGAGGAAGACCACGCCUGGCUUCCGGCUGGUGGAGAAGUACGGGCUCCUGGUGGGCGGGGCCAAGGCCCACCGCUACGACCUAGGGGGGCUAGUGAUGGUGAAGGACAACCACCUGGUGGCAGCCGGAGGCGUGGAAAAGGCGGUUUGGGGGGCGCGGCAGGUGGCCGACUUCGCCCUGAAGGUGGAGGUGGAGUGCCGCAGUCUGCAGGAGGCUGUGGAGGCAGCCGAGGCGGGAGCGGACCUCGUUCUGCUGGACAACUUCAAGCCCGAGGAGCUGCACCCCACGGCCGCCGCGCUGAAGGCCCGCUUCCCGGGUGUGGGCGUGGAGGCCAGCGGGGGCAUCACGCUGGUCAACCUCCCUCGGUUCUGCGGGCCCCACAUCGACGUCAUCUCUCUGGGGAUGCUGACCCAGGCUGCCCCCGCCCUGGAUUUCUCCCUCAAGCUGUUUGCUGAAGGGACCGCUCCAGUGUACCCUGCCUUACCGUAGCUCAUCGACUUCUCCCUCUAAUCCUGCCCCGCCCAUGGGCUGUCUCCGGGAGGAAACGUGACAGGAGAGCUCCCCAGGACAAAUGGUCACUGAGGUGACUCUUCCCGGAAAGGCUCCAGUCUGGAGAGGUACUCCCCUCCCAGAACCCACAGUCUUCUCUGCCCUUUGCCAG